CACACUGAAAACUCAACUCUGCUGUUAAACAGCUGAAGACAAGUAGACAGGCAGACAAACUCUAAAAAUGAACGGAAAGUAUGUAGUUAGCGCCAUCCGAGCUCUCCGGUUGACCAAUUUCAGCCAGUGCAAAGGAGCCGCUAGCAGUUUCACUGUGCGCCACUAUGCCUCUCCUCCCAAGCGAUUCUACAAGAAGACUUCCGUACUGAGCGGCGACAGCGGCUAUGAAGUGGUGUUGGAUCACCGGAAACUGAAAACGCCCAAGGGCACACCCUUCAUCGUCCGCAGCGAACCCCUGGCCAUUGCUGUAGCCACUGAGUUCGACGCUCAGAAGGAAAACAUCGAGCGUUCCCGCAUGCACUUAUCCGCGCUCUGCUUCACGGCCAUUGACAAUCCCAAUCACCUCUCCAAGUUGGACAUGGUCAACUACCUUCUCAACUUCAUCGCCACAGACACGGUGCUCUUCCAGUACGAUGACGAAAAGGACCUGCAGGACCUUCAGGUGAAUGAAUGGGACCCGGUGAUCGCCUGGUUCAACCAGCGCUACGACACAAACCUGCAGAAGACCAUGAACAUAACGCCGCCUCAGGUCAGCGAGCAGGAUAAAAUGAAUGUCGCAAAGCAUUUUCAGUCCUACAGUUUGGAAACUCUGCAUGGCUUCAUUUUCGCUGUGGACACCUUAAAGUCGAUUGUCCUUGCCUGCGCCGUCAUCGAGCAGAUGCUUACCGUGGAGAAGGCUGUGGCCCUGGCGCGUCUAGAGGAAGAAUACCAACUUAAGUUCUGGGGUCGCGUGGAGUGGGCACAUGAUUUAAGCCAACAGGAGUUGCAAGCACGCCUGGCGGCUGCCGUGCUCUUCGUACACCUUAACUGUUCGGAAAACCUUGUUAAGCAAAAGAUAAUUCUUUAAAAUUAAAAUACCUGUUCAACAUACAUAUGAGCUGACUACCACAGGGUUAUGGUAGCACGUAUGUAGGUCUCCUAGGACCUAGGACAUAAUAAUAGAUGUAUAUAAAUCGUGCCUAGUUUGAAACUUAUCAAGGUCAGGUCAUCCUCCC